UUUAAAGCCUAACUUGGUAGUGUGAAGCUCUUCCAUUUCUGUGUCCACAUCUGAGCACUCUAGACCAUGGAUUUGGCUACUAAGCAGAAGAAAAUAUCAAUUAUUGGAGGAGGAUUGGUUGGCAGCUUAAAUGCAUGUUUCUUUGCUAAGAAAGGGUUCCAGGUAGAUGUUUAUGAAGCAAGAGAAGACAUUAGAACAGCCCAAACUGUUAGUGGAAGAAGCAUUAAUCUGGCACUGUCACACAGAGGACGCCAAGCUCUGAAAUGUGUUGACUUGGAAGAAAAGAUAGUUUCUAAGGGUAUUCAAAUGUAUGCAAGGAUGAUUCAUGCAAGUAAUGGAAAAAAACAUGCAAUACCAUAUGGAAAGAAACAUCAGUAUAUCUUAUCAGUUGACAGAGCACAUUUAAACAAAGAGUUACUUAAUGCGGCAGAAAAAUAUUCAAAUGUGAAGUUACAUUUUGAACACAAGUUGAAUUACUGUGAUAUCAACUGUGGCACAAUGACUUUUUACAGGAAGGAGGGAAAUCUAACACAGGCAAAUGCAGAUGUGAUAGUGGGAUGUGAUGGUGCAUUCUCUGUUGUACGAAAGCAAUUCAUGAAAAAGACACGCUUCAAUUACAGUCAUGUAUAUAUUCCUCAUGGUUACAAGGAACUGACCAUUAUUCCAAAGAAUGAAGAGUUUGCCAUGGAACCUAACUAUUUGCACAUAUGGCCAAGAAAUACAUUUAUGAUGAUUGCACUGCCUAAUUUGGAUAAGUCUUUUACAUGCACUCUGUUCAUGCCCUUUGAAGACUUUGAAAAAAUCUGCACAGAAGACCAAGUAUUGGAUUUCUUCAAGACACAUUUUCCAGACUCUGUAGAUUUAAUUGGACAGAACAACUUAAAAAAAGAUUUCUUCCUACUGCCACCACAAGCUUUGAUAUCUGUUAAAUGUUCCUCAUUUUGCUUGGAUAGCAAAUGUGUUUUAAUGGGAGAUGCAGCACAUGCAGUUGUGCCUUUCUAUGGACAAGGAAUGAACGCUGGUUUUGAAGAUUGUCUUGUAUUUUCUGAAUUAAUGGAACAAUGCAAGAAUGAUUUCGCAAUCUGCAUACCUGAGUUUUCCAGACUUCGGGUACCUGAUGCACAUGCAAUUUCAGAUCUGGCUAUGUACAAUUACAAAGAGAUGCGGUCUCAUGUCAACUCUAAGUGGUUUAUAUUUCGGAAAUACGUAGACAACUUCCUUAACAUACUCAUGCCAUCUACUUUCAUUCCACUUUAUUCAAUGGUCACUUUUACUAGAAUACGAUACCAUGAAGUGAUCCUGCGCUGGAAGUGGCAAAAGAAGGUUAUAAAUGUAGGGCUUAUUGUAUCUGGUGUCAUUUUAACAUGCAGCAGUGCCUAUCUACUAAUGAAACACCUGCCUUCUGUGAUUAUGAAAGCGCAUCUUACUGAACUGCCAAUCUACUGGCCACGUGUUAGGUACUUUUCAUUUCCAAAACUUGACAUUAUUAAAAGGUCAUCCUGAGAGAGACACUGUUCAAAAAAAUAGAAAUACCACAAUAUUUCCGUUAUCAAUAUGAUGUUCUCUAUGUACUAAUAUUACCAAAUUAUUUCACUAGCCACAUAAACAUGCAAUGCAUAUAUGUUUUUUUGCAUCUGUAUUGAAUUAUGAUUUGUUUAAAAGGUUACACAAACAAAUGCAGUACAUUUAUAAGAAAUAUUGUCAUAUUUUAACAACAAUAAGAUUUUGAAGUACUGCUUUUUUACUUUGUAAAGAUUAAUUACACUAAACAUUAAUCAAAGAAUAGAACAAACUAUCCAAAGGUUCCAUAGCUGUUUUAAAAGAACACUUGCAAAUGUGAGAAUGAGCAGUACUAGUAAAGAUGGUGAUGAUGACAUAAUCGAAAUUGAGGAUGCUAGUGUGGAAAUGGAACAGAAUAAGGGGGAAAUUUGUGUACUAUCUGAUGCUAAUGAGGGUACUGAUGAUGUUGUUUGUGUAAGUCAUUUCUUGCCCGUGAUAAUAAGAAAAGUAAUGUGAUACCUGGGCAUAAGACCAAAAAAGCCAUCUCGGGUGUGGGAUUAUUUUUACCCAAAUCCUGUCAACAUUUGUAAAGGCAUCUGCUCCAUUUGUGAGUCCAAAGUUAGUAGAGGUAGGGACAUUAACCGUCUAUGCACCCCCCCACCCCCACCCCCAUGUUAUUUAAUUUUUGGUGAGUUCAUAAAAUUUGACAAAAUUAUAAUAAUUUGUAAAAUAAGAACAAGCAGUUACCAGCAGUUUGGACCAACCCAUGCAAUCUCCGUCGCCAACACUCUUCUCAUCAACCUCAUUUGUGAUCGGAGGUAGUCCUUCCAAAAAAUAAUUUGUGGGGGCCCAAACAAACCAAGCACUUUAGCCACUAAAGUGACAGUCCCUUUCACUGAAGUGCUUGGUUUGUUAAACUGUGCAUAUACUUUUUAAUAUCCAACAUAAGGGUGGGUCCCAAGGACAAUUCCAUCUUGCAACACUUUUCUUUGUUGCCACUGCUGCGUGGCAAUGUUUCAUAAAUGUGCUAUAAACUGCAGUGUGUUUAUGCCACUGCAGCCUUUGGCCAAUAUUGGUGAAAACAAUAAUGGGAGCUGGUCAAAAUUGACUGGAAAUUAAUGUUCUUGAACAAAAACAGACCCAAAUUACACGAUUUAGCUGUUUUUAUCAUUUUUUUAAAAUACAGAUCCAAAACCAAAGCACAUGAGGGUGGUUUUGUGAAAUUAGAACCAAAACACGAAAUUGAUACAGAUUCAAAACCAAAACACAGGGGUAGAUGCACUCCUCUAAUUAUAGGUUAUAAAUAUCUUUGUAUUAUUCUAUUUUUUACUCAUAACUCUGGAGUAUACUGGAGUAUGACAGGCGAGGUUCUGACUACCAUGACCAUAUGUCACUGUCACACCAUUGUCCCCAUCACAGGAGAUGGAGCUUGCCUGUUCUGGACCUUCUCCUAUCUCAUGUAUGACACUUAGCUAAUGACUUGGGAGGUGCAUGAGGUAAUUGUGAGGCACGUGGUGGACAAUUUGGAGAAAUUCUACAUCAUGUCCCACAGAAGCGAGGGGGACAACUACACCAGCUUCGCUGAGUACCUCUUUAACAAGUCCCAACCCUUUUCAUAUAGUGGUUUAUGCAAACUGGGGGUGGCUGAACAUUUCUUUGAUCUUUACAUCAGUGGCAUAUCUGUAAUGAGUGCAGUGUGUGCGGUGCACACGGGCCCCUGGGUCCAGGGGGGGCCCACACCGCACACACUGGACCUAUUUCUUCUAUACUUACCGGUCUGGUGUCCGUGUGUGGGCUCCCUCCUCUCCCAUAGCACCGUUGUUAGCGCUAUGAGCACUAAAGACUCAGUGCCAUAGUCUACAGCACAUGCCCAGGUUCAAAAAAAAUAAUAAUGGCCGCCGCGCCAUUUUUCCAGCUACGGGAGAGGAGGGGGCCCACACACGGAGACUGUACUCUAGGGGCAUAAAAUGAGCUAAGCAUAUAAGUUAAGAUGGAAUUAAGAAAAUGGUAACAGUAAAUAUUGAAGAUCUACCCGGGUGAAACUGGGUACAUUAGCUAAUCAACCAAUCUUAUAUUAUAAUAAUAAUAAUAAUAAUAAUAAUAAUCAGGGCAUCUGUUAUUUGUAUUUCAUGGGUUUUCAUGUUAUAUGUAAAGUUUGAGUAAGGUAUUAGCAAAUGUUUGGCAUGUAAUUGCAACAUAUUUGUGGGCCUCUGUCGAUUAUGUUAUGUAAGCUGUAUGUUAAACAAUAAAUUAGGUAAAAAAAAUAAUUGUUUCUUUAUUUUUAAU